GUGCCUCAGCUUCAAUUCGGAUCAUUGCAAAAACAAACCUGCGAUUCUGGAGAAUCGAGUAUUUAUAGAAAAAACAAUCUUGGAUCUAAUAAGUAACACCAGUAUAUAUACUUUUCCCGAUCAGUUCAUCUUUAUGUUGAGUCUGUAAUUGGAGAAUUUGUUUCCUUAAAAACUAAAAUAAUUUCUCAACAAAUCUAGCAGGCUUGGCGGUUAAAAAGUGUUAGUACGUGCAAACAGCGUGAUAAACUACAAUCAUUUAAACAAAAGAGGACUAUGGAUUUUGGGUAAAUAAUCCCAGCUCGUAGCCUAACACUAUGAAUUCUUCAGUUUCUUCAGUAGAGUCGUUCAUACUAGGAGACUCAAAGUUGGAAAAUGAUCUUCAGAACUGUACUGUCUAUCUCGUAGUUGAUCCGCAGGAAGAUCAUGAGAAACUCACGCAUGAGAACGAACUUAUUUACGUCGUUGUUGUUGUGACGUUUUACGCACUAACGUUAAUGUCACUGAUCGGGUAUCAAAUAAGGCGAUCAAAGAGGGACGGAAUGGAAUUGGAUUAUUUCGAGGAAUAUGUCCAAAGGAAAUCUAUGCUAACAGCAGACAAGAAAGCGCAGAAAAUAAACAUGAUUAGGAUGAUUGAAUCACAAUUAAGCGUGGCUAGCUCUCGGGCAGCUAUGACAAUACCAGAGGAAGCCGAAGUAGAUGUAGAUGCAGAGGACGUUGAAGAAGUUGCCGAGGAAAAUGAUAACGUUAAUAGUCGUGUGUUUAUUGUAUGACACACAUCUGAGGUCGUAAAUAACACGGCUAGCCGUUUAUUGGAUAUUAGUGCCUAGGGUGUUAACACUUUAGUGAUUGAUUAUCAACGGAUUGCCUAAUAUUUUCUUAGAUUGUCCAAUAUGAACCUUUCAAGCACAAGAUCAGUAAACGCAUUCUUUCACAUUUUACGUAAAAACUUAUCACUGCGUUCAAGUGGGUUUGAACAAGUAAUCUCAAAUUGUUUGAGAUAAAUCCACUUGUAAAAAGAUUACUAGGGUAUAUUUAACCUUUCUCCUUCGACUCACAAUCUUGACUAAUUGGUACCAUUUU